AUGGCCAAAACACCACAAACUCUGGUGAAACCCUACAAUUUCGAAGAAUAUUAUCCUCAAAACCCCUUCAAAUCUAGUGCAAGAUCCUUGAUUGCCUUUGUUUUCUCUAUACUACUUUACACUUCCGUCUUCUAUAUUUUCAACCUCUCUCCUUCCACUCUCUUCUACAACAGCAAGUUUUGGUUUGCGAUAUCCAACACCCUGGUUCUUAUAAUUGCAGCCGAUUACUCUUCUUCCAAAGAUAAGCACAACCAAAUUAAUCACCAAGAAGAGUAUAUGAUGCAUAGGCAAGCUCAAACUACUACUUCCUCAUUUGUUUCGGAAUACCCUCGUGAAAUAGUCAAGGAAACCAUUAGUGAUCACCAAGUUGCACAUCAGAACAUAGAAAUCCCAGAAAACAGGCAACCUGUGCUUGAAGAUGAGCAUGAUGAAAAGCCUAGUGUCGAUGAACUUGAUGUCCGAGAAAAGAGGAUAGUUCACGUACAGUCAAAAGGUCGUAAGAAGAGAAAUCUUCAAGCUAAAACUUACAAGCGAAGUAAGUCGGAGGAGGUGAAAAGAGUAGCGAUGGACGAAUGCAAGAGCAGUAUUAUAAUGAGUUCCGAGACAAUGGAGAAGCACGAAGAAGCUCAAAGAAAUACUCAGGAAGAAGAAAAUGAAUUUUCAUCCAUGUCAACUGAGGAACUUAACAGAAGAUUCGAAGAGUUUAUUCAAAGGUUUAAUGAACAAAUUAGGCAUCAAUCAGUUGCAGACAGAAGGCCCGAACUGACUUACCAUCAUGUAGAAAGUUAUUGA